GGUUCAAUCAAUACAGUUCCGAAAUAAAAAAAAUCUCACAUUGUAUUGUGAUUCAGCUUAACUUAUAUUCUGAAUAUUAUUUUAUCACACACAAUGGCAUCAACAAGUGCCGAUGCACAAGCAUCUAUUGCUCAGAAAACUUGGGUGAUGGCGAAUAACAUUGAAACCGUUUCGAACGUUGAUGAUAUAUAUCGAUACGACAAGAAACAACAACAGGAUAUCCUCGCCGCUAAACCAUGGGAGAAAGACCCACAUUUCUUCAAAGACAUAAAGAUAUCAGCUCUUGCAUUGCUGAAGAUGGUGAUGCAUGCAAGAUCUGGUGGCACACUGGAGGUCAUGGGACUAUUACUUGGUAAAGUGGACGCAAAUACUAUGAUAGUAAUGGAUUCAUUCGCGCUGCCAGUUGAGGGGACUGAAACACGUGUGAAUGCUCAAGCACAAGCAUAUGAAUACAUGACUGCGUAUAUUGAGGCUGCCAAGCAGGUUGGACGUCAUGAAAAUGCCAUUGGUUGGUAUCACAGCCACCCUGGGUAUGGUUGUUGGCUGUCAGGUAUUGACGUGUCAACACAAAUGCUCAACCAGAACUUCCAGGAGCCUUUUGUGGCCAUCGUCAUUGAUCCAGUGAGAACAAUCUCAGCUGGUAAAGUUUGUCUUGGGGCAUUCAGGACUUAUCCUAAGGGUUACAAACCAGCAAAUGAAGAACCUUCAGAAUACCAAACUAUUCCUCUCAAUAAAAUUGAAGACUUUGGAGUGCACUGCAAACAAUAUUACUCAUUGGAGGUCUCAUAUUUCAAAUCAUCUCUGGACAGAAGACUUUUGGAUUCUCUUUGGAAUAAGUACUGGGUUAAUACUCUCAGCAGUUCGAGUUUGAUAACGAAUGCUGAUUAUACAACUGGUCAGAUAUUUGAUCUUUCAGACAAACUAGAGCAGAGUGAAGUGUGUUUAGGUCGUGGAGCAUUCGUAGUUGCCGGCGCGGAUCCCCACGAGAAGCGCACUGAGGACAAACUGGGUAAAGCUACAAAAGACGCCUGCAAGACUACCAUCGAAGUUAUACACGGACUGAUGGCACAGAUGAUCAAAGAUAGACUUUUCAACAGCGUGUGCGGACGCCAAGCUGCUCCCACACCUAUGAUCGAGUGAAUGACAUUUAUUAUAUCGUGAAUUUUUUUUUGUAACCUCUCACUUUAGAAUAAAAAUGUAAUACGCGA